CACCAAAACUGCCCUUUUGUAUGUUUCUUCAUCCGCUCCAUUUGUCCGGUGGGUACCUCUGAACCCUUAUCCUCAAUUACUUUCUCGCCGUUUACUCUCCACGCGAUCUCUGCCUCUCUCCGUUGACCUCCGAUCUUCACUGCUUAUCGCCGCCGAUCACAAUCCGACGGUUUGGACGGGCUCAAGUCAGUGAUCUAGUAGUAUUGGGUCCCCAUUUAGGGUUGAUCCUGGAAGCAUUAAGCUGGUGUGCGAGUUGGAGUAGGAAGAGGCCAAAAUUCAUGUCAAACGAGGGAUUGAGGGACCUAAGAUCUCUGUCACUUAUGUGAGGGCAUGAUUGGAAUUUUUAAAAAAGAAAUCUACCAGAUCAGCACAGGGAGCUGAAAGUGGAGCCAAAGAAUUACUUUUCUUGGUUUAACGUGACAGAGUUUGUUUGCCCUGCAUCCAAGUAAAUAUUGAAUGGCGGGUGAUGUGCUAUAUAUACCUGCCUUACCCUCCAAGUUUCUUGAGUCAGCAGUUUUCUUCAUGUAUGGAUAAUUCCAUUUCCUCGUCUUGAAUACGUUGAAGUUUGAUCUCUCAUAGGUUAAAUAUUAGUCUUGAAAGGCCCAAAAUCAAGACACUGCUCUUUACAAUUAUGGUUCGAUAGAGUGACAGUUCUGUGAACGUUAGCAAUGGCAUUUUAUUCUGAGGAGGAAAAAACUGAGGAUUAUCUUUUCAAGAUUGUUCUAAUUGGUGAUUCGGCUGUUGGAAAGUCAAACCUGCUUGCAAGAUUUGCUAGAGAUGAGUUCUAUCCCAAUUCCAAGUCAACGAUAGGGGUAGAAUUCCAAACACAGAAGAUGGACAUCAAUGGCAAGGAAAUUAAAGCACAGAUUUGGGACACGGCUGGUCAAGAGCGGGUUAGGGCUGUUACAUCUGCAUAUUACAGAGGUGCUGUUGGAGCUCUUCUGGUUUAUGAUAUAAGUAGACGCCAGACGUUUGACAGCAUCGGAAGAUGGCUUAAUGAACUUCACACUCACUCCGACAUGAAUGUAGUUACAAUACUUGUUGGCAACAAGUCUGAUCUUAAGGAUGCCAGGGAGGUAUCCACUGCUGAAGGCAAAGCCUUGGCUGAAGCGCAGGGUUUGUUUUUUAUGGAAACAUCUGCUCUCGAUUCAUCCAACGUUGCCACCGCCUUUCAGACGGUUGUGAAAGAGAUCUAUAAUAUAUUAAGCCGAAAAGUUAUGAUAUCUCAAGAGCUCAAGAAGGAUCCCACCUGGAUGGGGAAUGGAAAAACUGUGGUUUUACAGGGAGAUGGGAACCAAGAAGCAGAAGCAGAGCCUAAAAAAGGUUGGUGCUGCUCAUCUUAAGUUAUACACACGAAGGCACUGAACAAUCUUUUGCUGGUUCUAACUAGUCUCUUUGUUACUUUAGGACUCUCCCAGAUUCCUUCCUCAUGUGACCUAAUUUCUUGGAUUUUAUUGAAAUAUGAAUUGAAUUUCGAUUCAUUUUACUUUCUUCUUUUAUGGGUGGUUUGUAGAAGGGAAAUUGAAGUAGAAAAUGUAAAUGACGUGAAGGGGAUUGAGAAAGCUAUGCUAUACAUCGUUCAAGUUUUAGUUUUC